AUGAAUACUCAAUACAAUACGGAGAUCAUCAAAAAAUUCAUUCAAGGUCGAAGAGAACUUGUCCUUCGUAUCAUUCAAAUUGCCGAUAAACUUGAUCAACAUCAUCGAAAUGUCAAGAUUACAAAAGUAGUAACCAAUAGUACUGGCAUUUUUGGUGGUUUAAUCGCUUUGGGAAGUGUCUUGUUGGCCGUGCCAACUGCCGGUCUUUCUCUCACGGCUUUCGUUGGUGGAGGUAUUUUGGCAACAGCAAGUACGAUCGCUCAUGUAGGCUCAGAUAUUGUCGAAUAUGUUCUUAGUCGUGCCAACUUGGAUGAUUUAAACAUGCUUUGUAAGACUGAUGAAACAAACUUUCUUCAACUAAACCGUUAUGUCAACGAACAAAUCGACAGACUACAAAAUGAGAAUUCGUCUGAAACGACAAUCUCUUCAACAACAUCCACGAUAGCUGCGCAAUUGACAACAGUAAAUCUCGCAUGUUCAAUUGUUCGAGUUACCCAAGGAGCGACGUUGACAGUCAGAACGAUACGAGUCAUCGGUCGUGCAUCAAUAUUUUUGAGUAAGUCAUCGACAUGUUAUUGA